AGUCAAGGUCUCGCGUGUAUUCAUAUGUUCACGCUACUAUGAUUUUAAGGAGUGCUGUUGGCUUUCUUCACGGAUUGCUAUACAAACCUUAUGGAUUCUGGGUUUUAUCACCGGUUUUCAUUAUCUUGGAGAUUUUAUGUGGCUUCAUUAUCAUUGACAAAGUACCAUAUACUGAAAUUGACUGGGUUGCGUAUAUGCAACAAGUGAGCGGAUUUAUAAACGGAACUUUAGACUAUGAUAAGUUGGAAGGCCAAACUGGGCCUUGUGUAUAUCCUGCCGGACAUUUAUAUGUUUAUACAUUCCUGCACUGGCUUUCAGGUGGUGGAUCCCUAAUCAGAAAUGCUCAAUUUGUAUUCCUUGGGCUUUAUAUAACAACACUGGUGCUGAUUUUCAACAUAUACAGAUUAUCAUCCCAGGUAUUAACUUCUUCCUUAUCAAUUCACUGUAGAUCCCUCCUUAUGCCCUCUUUUUUAUGUGCAUUAUGUCUUAUCGUGUGCAUUCAAUAUACCUCUUAAGGCUUUUCAACGACCCGGUGGCCAUGCUCUUCCUUUAUGCCUCUGUCAAUGCACUUCUAUACAACCGUUUUACGGUCAGUAGCAUUUUGUUCAGUCUUGGUGUUUCGGUGAAAAUGAAUAUAUUAUUGUUCCUUCCUGGUUUCCUAAUUGUGUUGGUAUGGCACAAGGGAAUUUUGGAGACAAUAGGUCACCUGUGUGAGUGUUUCAUCGUUCAACUGGCCGUAGGUACACCUUUUCUAUUCCACAAUGCAUGGGCGUACGUUAGCAGUGCAUUUAAUUUUGGUCGUCAAUUUAUGUAUAUAUGGACAGUCAACUGGAGAUUUCUACCAGAAAGUGUAUUUUUGGAUAGGCGAUUUCAUAUGAUUCUACUAAUCUUGCAUUUAUGUAUGUUGUUCGUAUUCUUCUGGAAGUUUAUUCGCUCUCGUGGUGGGAUGAAAAAUUAUUUCUGUAUAUUUGACCCUGAACGUGAUUCAAAGUUGGAUCCUGCAGCUGUUCUAUAUCCUAUGUUCGUAUGCAAUUUUGUUGGUAUUGUUAUCAGCCGUUCGUUGCAUUACCAAUUCUACGUUUGGUAUUUUCAUACAAUUCCAUAUUUAUUGUGGUGUGUUAGACGUUUUUCCACUCCUGUGAAGCUAUUAAUUCUUGGUCUUAUUGAAAUCAGUUGGAACACCUAUCCAUCAACAAUUUUGAGUAGUGGUUUACUAAAUUUAUGCCACUUAGCGUUGCUAGUUGGAUUAAUUAUGGAAUUAGUGCCAAUUAGAUUAGCAUCACUACAUGUCAAAAAAGAAGUUGUAAAUAACUCCGUCAGUACUCCUUCAAAAAGUCAACCACGCAAAAAAGCUUCCAAAAAAUCAUGGACUGGUGGGAAGCACAAACAAGCCUAAAGUGUUUCAUUUUGGGGAGGAGAAAUUGUAAAUUCUUAGUACGCUUCUUUUUGUCGACCAAAUAUGCCAAAGGUGUACGGUCAAUUGACACUGAAACUGUUAUAUAUGUGCAUGUGAUUGUGUAAAAUAGUGUAGCUUUUUUGCAAAUAAAUCCUGAUAAUUUUUUUGUGGUAACUUUAUUUUGACGCCAGUUGGGUCGGACGAUAAGAUUCACCACUUUUGUGGUGUCAACUGAUCUGACUCCAAUCUGAAUGGACGUAUGAAUAUCCCAUG